UGUUAAGUCCAGAGAAUAUGGUAUACUGAAUUUCAUCGUCUUUAUAACUAUAGCUGGGGAGUGGAUAUAUUGUGCAUAUUGCAUACCAACGCAGAGCCACGUAGACUGUAGUAUUGAUUGGUGUUUUUUUUUAGUACACUCUCUGGCCGACCCGUCAAGCAGCGCUAUUAUAAAAUAUUUAGAGUGUGUAUGUAAAAGUUUAUGGGUUGUUACUCAUCGCGAUAUUCCUUUUAACAUGAUUUUCUAUUAUGAAUUUUGUUUUUGGCAACGUUUCAGCAUCCGGAAUUCCGUUUUCGCAGCAGUUUAAUCCGAACCGCAGUUAUGUGCGUUUUAGUGUGUGGUGACAGCGGUGGGUCUUUUUUUCACUUUUAAAUCGAAACAGUAUUCAUUUAUUCUCCUCCUUUGGAGAAUAUAGCGAAGUAUUGUAAAACCGUCGUCGAGAAUACGGUUACAAAUUCGAGCUACGUUAUCAAAGGUAAUUUUUUUUUUCUUAUUAUUUAAAUUACGUUUAAUAAUGGCCAUAUAUACCUAUUUUACCUGUUUAUUUGGUUAUUUAUAAUAGGUAUCAUAAUUAAUGUGCGACGAUUAUGUUUUGAAAAAUAUUUAUUUAUAAAAAAAAAAAAUGUAGUAUUUCACAAUUUUUUCAUGUGAUUGCGUAUGUUCGAUAAAAGUACCUAUCUAAAUAGUUUUUAAUAGUUGUAAUAACAUUUUAUGGUAGGUACAUAUCUAAUUAUAAAUAUGUAAAGUGAAUAAAUAUAUAAAUAAAAAAUGUAUAUAUAAAAAUAAAAUAAAUAAAUGAAUCAAUGUGUUGCCUGCAGCAUUAUGUUAAGUGUAUUAUUCAAUUUAAAAAUGCAUCAUCAGGUAUAUCACAGUCAAUAUGUAAAACGCGACUUAUUACAUUUAUUUAUUUAAUUUGUAUAUAUAUAUAUAUACAUUUUUUAUUUAUAUAUUUAUUUACUUUAUUUAUUUACGAGUAUUAACCAUUUUAAUAAUUUUGUUUUUACUUUAUUAUUUUAUUAUAAAUAUUUGGCGAAAUCGAGUUUAAAUACUAAAAUACUCAAUGCAGUAGACAGAAGGGUCCUAAGACUUUUAAUUAAAUCAUGAUAAUUAUACUAAUGUAAAACAUGAAGAUUCAUUUUUUUUUUAUUCAAUCUUAUAAGAUUCGUAUACCUACGUAGGCAACUACAGAACAGAAGUACAGGUACUAUCGUAAUUAAGAAUACGUUAAAUUAUAUCAUAAUUUUCUAUUUAAGUAGGUUCCGAUUACACAUUAUAUUUAUGAAAAUUAACUCAUACAGUCGUAAUAUAUUAUCAUCGUGUUGAGAAAUAUAUUUGAAAGUGUUGUAAAUUAAAAUAAUAUGUCACAAUAAACGCAAAACAAAAUAUAACAGUACAUGCCAAAAUGGUUUUUGUAUUUUUAGAAACGAUAUAAUAUCAUUAAUGAAACAUACACUAAAAUGUGUAAUAUAUUAAAAUACCAGUAAUACCACCGCAUUAUUGUCCGAUAUCUGCAUAUUUUUAGAUUUAGAGCGUAGCGAGGGAUCUAUUGGUUUUACUAAGUGCGUUUUAGAUUCUGAGUGGAGUGAAGAAGCAUAUGGUUUUACAAAGAUGUUUAUUUUUUUUUCUGGGGACAACUUUUUAAGACUUGCUCCGAUUUUUAAUGAUAGCAAUUUUUCUAAAAGGAAAUUUCACUGGGGAGGUAUUUGAAAAAGGUCAUUUUUCGAUUUUCUCCGGAGUUUUCUCAGCAAAUGUGAAAAUCUGGGAAAAAACAUAGGAAAACCGGGAGAAAUCGGUACAACAUAAAACAAAUAUUAUUAAAGAAAAUAUAUAGAAUAUUUUUAAUUAUUUUACUAUAAUAUGGCAUAUAUAUUGUUGGCAAAGCAUCACUAUCAAUUGAACUCUGCUCAUUUUGUUUUUUUUUUUGUUAAAAACUAUUAUAGAGACCUAUAGUUUCAUAAAAUACUUAAAUUAGUUUUUUGUAGACGUAGUCAAAUUUUCAAAACAUUCUAGCUCUUUUUUGGCUAUUUUUAGGUAUUUGAUAUUUUCAUAUUCUUAUAUGUACCUAUUUUUAUUUGGUAGGUAUAUAUUAUUAAACUCACACGACUUCAGAUGAGUACUUGAAAAUUUAACACAAGGUAUAUUAUUAGUUUCACUCAAUGGUCUAAAAAAUAAAUUUGAGUUUUAUACAUUCGUUUUAUUUCAUGAGUGUUUUAAGAUAGAAUUUUGUUGAAAAUCAUAAAAAAUUAUGGCAUUUUAAAAUAUGUCUUACAAAACUUCGAUCCGAAUUCGUUUUUUGUGUAGAGUGGUUUAUCGUUGAGUUUAUACAUAAAUUAAACAACUUUAUGUAUCCUCCCUUCCCCCCAACUUUCCAUUUACAACAAUGGCUGCACCUAUACCCAGUUAUUUUUAAUUUUCUAUUUUAUUAAACUAUUAUAAAGAAAUGUCUUCACUUAAUUUAAACUAAUAUUGGUUAAUCUAAAAAUAUUUAAUAUAUAUAUAUAUUAUAAAUAUAUUUUAUAUUUUGGAAAACAAAAAUACCUACCCGUUUUCCGGCUAAUAAAAAUUAGUUUCAUGUAAUAUUAUUAUUAUUAUUAUUAUAAAAAAAUAUAGAAAAUGAUAACGAAAAAAGUUAUUUAUAAAUUGGAAUAUCAGGUAUGCAUGAUAAUAUUACUGCAAUUAAAAAAAUAACCCAAAAUAAAAUAAUACCUGUUAUUUGUGUAUUUGACACUGAAAAAAGGUCAUUGGGGAUUUGUAUCCCAUAUCACCCUGAAUUUACGGAAACGUCUAUACCGAAAUUUCAACUAUUUAUAAAAUAAUUUGUAAUAUCAGUUGCUAUUUGAAAAUUAAAUGUAAAUAGUUGUUUCAACCCUUAAAAGUAGAGUUACCAAAAAUAAUGGCAUUGUAAUAUUUUAGAGUUGCUUGUUUCUUAAAUUGUCCAAAUUAAAAAUGUAUUACUUUCGGUAUAAUGAGUGUCUAAGUAUGUUAAUUAUUGAUGACUGUAAAUAUACAGAUACAUAUGUACUAUAAUAAUUUUGUUACUGUUAUAACUGUUGUAUAGGAACAAUGAUUAUUUCAAUAUUUUUCGCAAUAUUCGGAUUUUCUUUUGCGAUUUCUCCAGGAAUAAAAACAUGCGAUCGCAAACCUGCGGGAAUAUCAGCACCAAAAAGUACAAAUCCACAUCCAUUUAAAAUUUUUUUUAAGGGAAAUUCAGAAUUUUAUGUACCAGGAACAACGUACACAAGUAAUGUACAUUUCAUUUAUAACUAGCAUAAAAUAUAUGUUCGAUGUCGUACAUUAAAUUAACGUUAAAAAUGUUUAAUAUAUGCUAAUUAUAUAUUAUAUUACCUAAUAACUAUAUAGGUAUGAUUAAUUUUGUAUACAAUUCAGUUUUAAAAUACUAAUAUAUAAUAUUUCUAACCAUCCAAUUAAAUUUGAUUGUAUUAGUUUCAUUGCAAGGCGUCAAAACUUCUUCCACUGUAACACCGAGUUUCAGUAGUUUCAUACUGAUGGUCGAGGCCGAAGACCAUCGGAUCUAUGACGAAGAAAGUGGAUUUGUUGCUGGAAAAUUUCAACUUACCGGAGAUGUGAGAACUAAAAUUAGUGAGGUCUGUCCAAACACUGUUACUCAAACUUCUUUAGUUCCAAAAUCGGAAGUGCAAGUAUUUUGGACAGCGCCAUCGUCCGGUAGCGGAUGUGUAAUAUUCAGGUUGGUAUUAUUAUUAUUUAAUUGGGAUAAUUCUACUUAUUAAAAUCUGAACAACUGGAUACUUACAUUCUACCUAGGUAUACGUUUAACUUUUUGUUUAAAACAUUUAAGUACUUAGUACACUUUUUAUAUACACAAAACAUUAUUUAUGUAUAUAUAUAUAUAUAUAUAUAUAUAUUCAUAUCAUAUUUUGGAUAAAUUAGAGCUACCAUUGUAGAAUAUCGAGAUAUUUGGUACAUGGACGACGAAAAUUUAAAUAAAAGAAUUUGCGAAGAAAAUAAUGAAAGUAACGAUGAUAACGCUAAUGUCGUAUACGAAUGCUGUGCUUGUGACGAAGCAAAGUUUGAGGUUUGUGUUUAUUAUGUUAAUUUUGAUUUAAAAGCAUUUAUUAGUUUAUGUAAAUACUUGAUUAUGUUAUAUGUAUACGAGAUGUUUAACCAGUCUAGUGGAUUAAUGUGUGUGUUUUUGUUGUACACCUGUAUGUAACAUUUGUAGAUUUUAUACAAAAUAUGAAAAUCAAUCAUACUUUAAUCUGUAUAAUGUAUUACUAAAAUAAAAAACGUAUUUAUUUUGUUAACACUUACAUUUUGAAUACGAUUUUUUCAACACUUAAUGAAAAAUAUACAUGGUUUAAAUCAUUCUUAUUAAAAUAAUUACGAAAACAAAUUAGUAUUUGACAUAUAUUUCUUUUGUUUUUAUAUAAGAUUAAAAUAACGAAAGGUAUAUUUAUUAUGAUGUUUUAUAGUUGACUUUUGAAGGACUGUGGUCCAGACAUACUCACCCCAAAGAUUAUCCUGAUGACAAUUGGCAAACUCGAUUUAGUGAUGUUAUCGGAGCAUCACAUACAAUUGACUAUCGGUAAAUUUGUUGUAAACGUUUUUUAUGUGAACUGUCGCACCAUUAACUAUAUCUGUUUAAAAUAUUUAUUUUUUCAGAUUUUGGGAACAGGAUCAAGUGGCUUCCGAUGGUAUGAAUUUUAUAGCAUUAAGUGGAGCCACUUCUACUUUAGAAUCUGAACUUAAAUCAAAAGUAAUACAAACUUAAUAAUUGUUCAUUCAAGUUAUUCAACUAUUAUUUUUGUUGCCCUUUUUUUUUUUUUUUUUCAGAGUGAUAAAAUCCGUACAAUUAUAAAAGCCAGAGGUAUAAGUUAUCCAAAUGUUACUGGGAAGACCUUUGCUGUAUUUCGAGUUGAUCAAGAACAUCAUUUGAUUUCAGUUGUGUCAUUUAUGUGUAAAUAUUUACAAUAGUUAAGUUGAUUUUUUUUAGAUACAAAUUUAAAUGAUUCUUUUAAUUUAUAGACCCAUCACCGGAUUGGUUCGUAGGAAUAUCAGGGUUGGAAUUAUGUUUACCAAAUUGCAAUUGGAUCACGAACAAAACCAUUAAUCUUUACCCGUGGGAUGCUGGGAUAGAAAGUGGAGUCACGUAUAAUGUACGUAUUUUAUGAUAGUAAUAUUACAAAUUAUAAUAUUGUAUUGAUAUGUUGGUUUUAUCUAAUUUAGCAUACAUUUUAAUUGACAUACUUCCAUAAAAGUUAUACCCACAUUUAUUUUUUCAUAUUGUAUUUUUUGCUAUAAUUUAGAAAAUUAGCGUUCUGUGGGGAUACCUCUGUGCUGUUAGUUUCAAUACCUAUUAUAGUGAAUUGACCUAUGAGCUUGUGGUUUUACAAAGGUGUUUUUUUUUUAAUCUGUGCGCGACUUUUCUACCAGAACCUUGCUCCGAUUUUUAAGUGUAACCUUUUCUGAAAGGAAAUCAGUGUUGGGGAGAAACUUUAAAAAGGUCAUUUUCUCAGUAGUUUACUGAAUAAGUGUCAAAAACCGAAAAAAGACGGAGGAAAAACAAGAAAAUAUAAAAAAUGUAGGUAUUAGUUAAAAAGUAUGUCAGCCUUUUUUUUUCCUGUGAACAACUUUUAUACAAGCAAUUUGGCUCAAAUUUAUAAUGAUAGAAAUUUUUCUGAAAAGAAAUUUGACUGUGAAGGUACUUCAGGGACGUUAUUUUUCGAUUUCAUCAAGAGCUUUCCUAGAAAAUUUCUUUGGAAAACCAGAAAAAACCAUGGGAAAACCGGGAAAAACAGGAUAAUCGGAACUACAAUAAACAAAUAUUAUAAAAGAAUAUAUAAUAAUUAUAUUAUAAUGCAUUUGUAAUUAUUUUUCUAUAAUAUAACAUAUAUAUAUUGUUGACAAAGUAUCACUAACAACUGAACUCCGCUCAGAAUCGCUUUUUGGUUAGCAAUGGUUUGCCGGUACUGCAGGUACACAUUAAAUUACCUAUAACAGUGGCUGCACCCCUCCCCAUUAUCCUAGGACUUCUUUUUUAGCUCAAUAAUAGGUAAAUUUAAUUUAGUAAUAAAACUAACAGCACAGAGUCACCUAAUGAACCCUAACUUGCUAUCCUAUGUUUGUAAGACCACAUGCAUGUAUAAUGUUUAACUCAAUACCUAUAUUUUGUUAUUUUUCAUAAUUUUUUUUAAUUAGGUAUAAAUAUUCAAUACCUUUAAUUGAAAUUAAAAAAAAAAAAAUAGUUGCCAAGAACUUAAUUAUGUUUUUAGCAUUUUUUUCCCCUUAGUGUAAUCAUAAUUUUUUUUUAAAUGUGUAAUAAUUAUGAAAUUAUAUUCGUAUUUAAUGUACUCAAUAAAAAGUUUCCAUUUAUAUUAAUGUGAGAGAAUUCAAAAUUCACAUUAUCAACGGUUUCUAAUAAUAAUACAACAUAAAAUAUUAAUUUAACCAAGUACUAAUAGUACAAUAUAUUGUAGUUUAGUUUACCAAACUUUAAUUAUUUUAGUUUAUUUUUAAAAGUAAAUAGAUUUUUUUUUUUUGUAUAAUAAGUUAUUUGUUGUACGUUGAUAUAUUUUUAAUGUGUUUUUAGUCAACUGACAUGCUUCAAGUACCAAGAAUGACUAUACAAAGAGUUUUGUCAUCGUCCGGCAAUGAUCCACGGUCUCCAUUUUAUGAUCCAACAGGUGUACCGAUGAAACCAAUUGCAAAACUUCAUCUUACGAGACAGCGUCUUUAUGAAAAAAGUUGUUCAGAAGAUGAAGUAAAAUCAGAAUCUGCAGGUUGGUUGAUUACAUUUUUUAUCCAUUACCAUUGCCCAUUACCCAUACAGGAUCUUCCAAAUUUCAUAUUACUCUAAAAUUUUCUAUGAAAUACUUAUUUUUCAAAAAAUUGCUUUUGUAAACCCUUUUUGGAAUCAUAUUUUUUAAAAAUUGUAUUUAUUAUUUGUUUUUCCUUAUUUUUGGGAAUAAUCCACUCCUACUUUUAAUUUUUAAUCAUCAAAAUAUAAUAAAAAUUACAACGGAUACAAUUUUGGUUUAAAUUAAUAAUGUCAACACUAAAAUGCAUUUAAGCUAUAACUUAGUUUGCAGAAUUUUUUUAUUUACAUAAAUUGUUAUUUUAAAAUUAAAAAUGGAAUGUGGAUUCAUCCCCCCCCCCCCCCCAAAAAAAUAAGGGUAAUAUAACCAGUGGCGUAGCUACUCAUUGAAGCCAUAUUUUUUUUAAAUAGAAAUUAUAAUCUUUGUUAUACAAAAAGUGUUGUCCCAACUUGCUCAGGUAGCUAAGUGUAGUACUUUUUCUGCUAUUGAAUAGGUGUGGGGAAAUACGCUAAAGAGGUAGUUUUUCAAUUUUUUCAAGAUUUUUCUCCUCAAAUUUGAAAACCCGGAAAAAAAAGGGAAAAUGUAAGAAAUGUAGGUAUUAGUUAAAUUAUAUUACGGCCUUUUUUUUUUCUGUGUAAAAUUUUUCUACCAGACAUUUUACUCAAACUUUAUGGUAGCAAUGUUUCUAAAAGGAAAUUUCAUUAAAUACUUUAGAAAGCUAAUUUUUCGAAUUUCCCAGGAGUUUUUCCAGUAAAUGUAAAAAACCGGGAUAAAACAUGUGAAAACCGGGAAAAACGUAGGAAAAUUGGAAAAAUCGGUACAAUAUUAAUCAAAUAUUAUUAAAGAAAAUAUAAGAAACCUAUUUAAUUAUUUUACUAUAAAAUGGCAUAUAAUGGUAUAUAUAUUUUUGAAAAAGUAUCACUUUCAAUUGAACUCCGUUCAGAAUGGUUUUUUCGUAAGCAAUGGUUUAUCGUUGCUUACAGGUAUACAUUAAAUUAUCUAUAACAAUGGCUGCACCCAUCCCCAUUAUCCUAGAACGUCUUUUUGUAUUUUUUUAUUCAUAUCUAACACAUAAUUUUUUAUGAAAAUAUGAAAUAAUUUAUGUAUUAAUCAUUGUUUAGUAUGGCCAUUGAUUAAUUGUAUAAUGUAUAUUUCACCAAUGAUAUGGUUAUAAAUUUAUUAUAUUAUCAGCUUUAUCAGUUGUUGUUCACUGCAGGUAACACAUGAAUCGCAAUCAAUUAAAUUGUCGUAAACUAGCUAUUAGGCCUGUUUCACGUGCACGUUUAAACUCAUUUAGUUUUAGCACCCCUGUCAAACAUGUAAGUUCCCAAUAAGUGUGUACUCUCCAAGUCGAAUGCUUCGGUUGCCCCUGCGGUAGCUAUGCUAUUAAAUAUGAUUUACAUGAAAUUUGGAAGACACUGUAUAAGUAUUAUUUAUGCUAACGUACUAAAAUAAAUGUUCCAUAUUAUAAGUUUGUGACACUAGCCCAUGGUCAGAUUGGGAUGAGUGCUCAGCAACUUGUGGCAGAGGUUAUAGUAAUCGACACAGGCAAUUUGUAAAUCCUGAAGACACUUAUAAACUUCAUUGUAACAAAAAUUUAACACAACGUAAAGGAUGUUUUGUACUUCCAUCUUGUUCGUGAGUAUUUUAUUUAUACCUAAUCAUCAAUUUUUAUUAUUUUAAAAAUUAUACAUAUUUAUUUGUAUAGUAAAUAAAAAUUAUUAGGUAUAAAUUUAGUUUAUUGCCUAAGGUCUUAUAAAUUCCGAGCAUAGCGAGGGAGCUAUUAGUUUUAUAAUGCUGCUUAAUUUUUUUCCUUCUUUUUCUUUGUUCUAUUCUAUGGACACAUUUUUUAUUAGUAAACUUGCUCCGACUUUUACGUGUAGCAACUUUUCUGAAAGCUCAAGUUUAUAGAAGUUAUUUUUGGAUUUUUGACGUCAUAUUUUCAAUAAAAGUACUUUAAUGAGAUAAAACGUAGGGAAACGUUUUCAACUAGAAAAAAUGAUUUAAUCGAAAAAUCACAAGAUACAUUUUCUGUUAUCUUUUUGAUUUACUUUCUUACAGUAUCAUCACCAAAACUUUUGAGCUAUUUUUGAAUUUUAAGGUAUUAUAAUUUUUGGUAGUUUUUUGCUGUAAUUCGAUUAUUAAUAUACGUUAAGAAUUGAAACUUAUUAAUAAUACUCAUAUUGGACUUAUCUAGAUGUGGUAAAAUUUAUAAAAUCAUCGGAUGACUUUUUUUGUUUUUAAUAAGCGUCAUGAAAUUAAUUUUAAACGAAAAUCGCAAAAAAAAAAAUGACAGGAUUUCAAAUUAUAUAUUUCAGAACUGCGCUCGGAAUCGUCUUUCAUCAGCAAUGGUUUAUCGUUGUUUACAGAUAUAAAUUAAAUAACCUUAUGUAUCUUAAUUUCCCAACUUCUCACCUACAGUGAGAAUGUAAACAAAUUCAGGCGAACAUCGUUUAGAAGUUAUGGGAGAAAACCUCAUAAAGUUCAGGUUUUCCAUUUCACGUAUUUCUUAGUUAGAACUUAACAUUUUAUAUUUUCUUUUUCCAAAAUGUGUGUUUUUAAAUGCUUAAUCCAUUGGUACUUAUAAUUAAAGCUUAACUAUUAUAUUUACUUAUACAGCGAUCGAGUGACCACCUUGAAUAUCUAGUUUCACCUAUAAUGCUUUUUCACUUUAUCCUCUUAUCUACUGGACGAAGUUUUGCAUAGCAAAUCGAGGGUUACUUUCGAUUAAAAUUAAAAUUAAAACACGGCGCAUUUGAACGUUUGUAACUCUUAAACUAAGCCAGAUAGACUUAUAUUGACUUUGGUAAAAAAAAAAACCGUUGUUAUCAAAUUAUCAAUAAUUAAAAUAAAUAAUAAUAAAAACAAAAAUAUCUAUUUUUGACCGCAUUUUGGAUUAUGUUAUUUUUUAAGGUUUAUGUAAAAAAAAACUAUAAAAUCAAGUAUGAUAUUUAAGUUUUUAUUAUACCAAUGGAUUUGAAAAAACAUUUAAAAAAAAAAAAAUUAAAAAUGGUAAAUUCUAACUAAAAAAUACGCGAAAUGGAAAACUCGAACUACAUGAAGUUUUACCCUAUGACUUCCAAACGAAGUCUGUCCAAUUUUUUUUACAUUAUUAAUGUGCACACAAAAACACACAUUUUGAAAAAUACAAAUUUGAAAAACGAGUUUGGGCUGUAAACUGAAUUUUUUCCAAUUAUAAUAUAGUAUAUUGCUGUUUAACGAUAUACCUAUGCUUCAUAGAUACCUAAAAUCAUAUCACUUUGAGUUAUACAAUCCAAUAUGUUGAAAUGUUCAUUUAGGUUUACAUGGAGUAGUUUAUUGUUUUUUUGACAAUAUAUAUUUAAACAAAACAUUUUAAUAUGACUUAUGUUUUAGAAUAGAACCUAAGGAGCCAGAUAAUAUUGAUCCAAAAUGUGAUGUGACAGCUUUUGGACAAUGGUCAGAGUGUUCUAGAUCGUGUGGGCCUGGUGUGAUGGCAAGAUUUCGAACAAUAUUAAACGAAGAUGUAUCACCAAAACACUGUUUGUUAGGAGAAUACUUGCAACAAACAAUCCCGUGCAGUGAAACAAAACCUUGUUCAGAUGAAUAUAAUGUGGUUAGCGUUGUAUAUACCUAUGAUACAACUAACAAAAUAAAUUCUUAAACGAUUGUGUUUUUGAAAUUUUAGGACUUGGAUGCAAUAUGCAAUAAUUGUUCGUUAAGUGCAUGGUCAUUAUGGUCACCCUGCAGCACGAAAUGUGGAUUCGGUCAGAGAGAGAGAUUUAGAAUGAAUCUAAGAUCGAGUGGGACAGAGUGUGAUAGUCGUUGUUUUACAGAGACAAUAAAUUGUCCAGAUAAUCCACCGUGCAAUAAUAUGACAACGGGUAAGACGAUCUAUUCGAUUUAUAUCGUUCAUGAUAAUGUCCAAAUUUGAAAAUAUUAAUUCAACACAAUUUUACAUGCUGCGUAGAAGAUAUAUUAUUGUUUGGAAACAGUUAUAUGUUAAACAAAUAUAAUGUAACAGUACAACGUGCUUUGGUAUAUAAUGUAAACCAAAGGCACACGGUUUGUAAUACUACUAUAGAUAAUCGUACGUUUAAGUGUAAACAGUUACAAAAAAUAAUAGUGUUACAAUGUUAUUAUGUAAACAUAAUAUAUAUACAACUAUAAAAGUACCUACUUGACAAAGUACUUUUUUUAUUUAUUUAGAAACGACCACUACAUCAAGUGUUGAAAAUACAUCAAUGCCAUCUGUUACUAUUAAUCCAGAGGAUGUAAGAAUAAACAAAUCAUUUUUUAGAGUGAAAUGUAUAACGUGGAGAAUCAUUUUAAUGAUGUAUACGUAUAUAUAGUGUUAAUUAAUAUUAAUGUUAAUUUCAUAGAUAAUUUUAAAAAUACAAAUUUGAUUACCUACCAUAUUGGAUAUUAUAUAAUAUCAAUGGUCCAAACAAAGAAGGGCUUAAGAAAAUGUUAUUUUGUUUUCAAAACAAACAAAUUAGAUUUUAAAAAGACGGACAUACUUCACACUAAGGGUAGGACACUGUUAUAGGUGAGAAGUUGAGAAGGUAAGAUAUAGAAAGAAAUUUAAUUUAUAUCUAUACAUAACGAUAAACCAUUGUUAACAAAAAAUGAUUCGGAGCGAAGUUUCUUUUAUGUUUACACAUAAAUUUUCUCUUUUUUUCUAAAUUUUUUCCAAUUAUUAUAAAAAUUGCUUGGAAAAACAAAAAAUAACCUCUCUAAAGUACCAACCAUUUAAAAUUUAAUUUUACAAAAAGUGCCACACUUGAUACACCGGAGCAAGAAUUCUGUAGAAAAGUUGUUCACAGAAUAAAAAAAUAAAAUAAACUUCAUUGAAAAACCAAUACAUUCCUCGUUACGCUCUGAAUCUAAAAUACAUACACUUAAACACUACUUACACUAAUAUUUAGAAAAAUAUGCUAUUUAGGGUAAUAGAUAAAUAGAAAAAUAUUGCAUAAGAAACAAUUAUAAAAAAAAAAAACAAAUGCUAACAAUUGACUUAAGCCCUCCUUCUUUGGAUCUAAACUACCAACGAUAUAAUAUUUAGGUAUUAUUUUAAAUAAUUUUAUUUUUUAGAUUUCAGAUGAUUCGACAGAAAAGUGUAUUUUGUCAAAUUGGAGUAAAUUUUCAAUUUGCAGUACUGUAUGUGGAAUGGGUUUCAAAGAGCGUACGCGAAUAAUAAUAGUUAGUACAUACUUAUAAUUUAUAAAUAAUUGUUCAACAUCAUUAACAUCAAUUCAUUGUUCAUUUAUUUAAAUUUUACAUUUACUAUAUUUCAGUCUCCGACCGAUCAGCUAGAACAAAAAAAAUGCAGAAAAAAAUUAGUUGAUCGUCGAAACUGUAAAGGAAGGCAGUGCAAUAGUAAGACCAUAAAUACAUUUAUAUAGUAUUAUUUUUAGAUUCUUAGCAAAUGGAGAAAAUAGAUUUUUUAAUGGAAUUUUUUCUUUUUUAAAAACUAUUUGAGGUUUUAAAAUUCCAUCUAAUAAUAAUCUUUUAAAUAGAACAGACGGGUCGGUUUCUUAUAAAAAAGAUGUAUUUUGAACUCUGAAAAUCACAAAUAAAAACUAAAUGAAUUACGAAAAUAAAUUUUAGUAAACAAUAGCUUUGUUUGGACUUGUUAUUUUUUCAAAAAGACGAAUCAGAAAUAUUUUAUGUGAAGUAUACAUAUUACUUAUUUCACGAAACACCAGAAGGUAUUUUGUUUUCAAUUGGCUUAGAUGCAUGAGUGUUGCAUACCGACGUACGGAUAUAAUUUAUUUUAGUAAAAUAACUACGGAUCUAAUCAUUCAUAGAUUAUACUGACUAGGUACCUAUUAUAAAAACACCGUAAUAUUAUUUUAUAGAUUUUAAUGCCGUUAUUUAUUAUAGUUGCCUAAUAUUUGUUAAUAUUUGAUUAUUGUUAUUAUUUAUUUAUACAGCGCGACUUGUAAAAUUGGAUAUAUUAUGAGCGUAAGCAUAAUAAUAAAUAAAAUAAACAUUUUUUUUGGUAAAUAUACACAACUCCACUAUCAUUCAUUAAUUUCUUUAGGCUACAAUGCUUCGACUCGACAUCCAGUAUCGCAAAAAACUUUGUAUUAUUUCUUUGGAGGUAAUACUUAUAAGCUAUAUGAGUAUCAGGUACUUAUACCUAGGUUCUUAUGUAUAUUGUCUAUUGUUUAUAAUAAUAUUUGAAAUAUUUUGUAAAAAAAUAGAAGAUUAAAAAUAAAUAGUGUUAAUAAAGCUGAUAUUUGUUUGUAAGUUAUCCCCCCCUCUCUCAAAUUGGUCCUUGAAUUUAACCCACAUCUGAGUUAAUUAUUUAAGUUAAGUAUUUUAUUAAAAUUACCAAAAUCUAUGUAACAGUCCGAACAUAAUAAUAUGAUGAUACGUAGUGUAUAGAAACCGAUGUACCUAAUAGGUAAUAAUUAUGAACUACUUUACAGUAGACAGGUAUACGCUAGUAAUUAUAAAUUGGUCCAUUGAAAUAAAAUCUGUACAAGUCAAUAUGAACGCAUCAAUGAUGGAGUUGUGUACAAAAUAUUUCAUAUAAAAUAAUGAUUAUAAUAAAUGGUUAUUAAAUUAUUAAUAUUUUUUUAACAUACUAUUUUAUUAUUCUAUCGUUUUAAUAAUACCUACAUGCCUAAUGAAUCUAUUUUAUUGUCAUAUAAAGGAUGCAAUUAUUCGCCUUGGUCUGAAUGGUCGUUGUGUUCGGCACCGUGUGGCAUGAACGCUGUACAACAACGUACAAGAAUUCCCGGUGACGUUUCGUGGACAUGGUGCACCGAUCGAUUAGAACAUCGUAUUUGUUCAGCUUUAGCGUGUAAAUCGAAUCUCUAACCCCUUAACUAUUUCAAUGUAUCUAUACUUUAUAUCAGUGGUUAAAGGGGGGGAAACUUCGAAUGGGAACUGGGAACUAUAUUUAGCGAAAAUUGAGGGACAUUCCCGAAAACUAACUAAACCUAACCAAACUUUAAAAAACCGAUUAUGAAGGCAACAAUUUCUAAAUGUUUUUCUUUCAUACACACAUUUGUUCAUAAAAAUAAAUGCUACACUAAUAGAGUUUAAAAAAAAAAAAACUGCAUACCCUUCUUAAACAUUAUUUUAUGUAUAUGUCUGCACAGAAAAAAUAAAGUAAAACAGAGUCUGAUUACGUUUAUCUAAUAAGUAUUAAAGAAAUUAUUUUCAAUAAAACUAAUUAGAAUUUUUAAAUUCUAUUAAAAAUAACUUAAGCGUUUCCAUGGACAUAAAAUAUUAAAGGGGAUUGAUAUUUACCUUAAAUAUUAAGGGGAAUUCUCCCUUUUCACUUUAACCACUGAUCUAUAGUAUAAUAAAUAUUUAAGCAGUAGUAUUACCGUUGCUAUUUUAUUAUUGUUCCCAUACCUCUACCGCAGUGUUUCUAUUUGUAUGUAAGAUUUAAAUAAUAUAUCGAGGAUGGUUACUUACCGGAAACCGGGAACUUUUCCGAUGGGAAUGGUCUUCGUGUAGGCCGCUAUAUUAUUGCGUAAUUUAUAAAAUAAAUAGAAGUUGGUAUUAAAUUGUAUUCUUUUGAAUGUUGUUAAUAAUUACGGUUUUAAUUUUUUACAUUAGUAUCAUUUGCGCAUACUGUCGAACAAUGGAAAAAUAAAAAUAAGCUUUAUAUAGAGAACUUAUAUCAUCGACUACAGGUUCAGGUACUUAAUAUUUUAAUUAUUGAUUAUUUAAUUUAGAAUGUAUCUAUUAUUGUAUUAAAUUAGUUCAUUAGGUAUUAAAUAUACAAAUUACCUACCAAGGUACUUUAAAACCAUCUAA